GCAGUGACGUUGAUUCCGGAAAUGACCCGGUCCCGGAUCGGAACUUUAACUCAGGGGCUGAUUAGUUCUUACCAGAAACAUCGACGGCUUUCGAAAAAUGGUGUAAUAUCGAUUCAGGCAUGUGUUUACAUGUGUUCAUGAAGGAUACCUCACUAUCGAUCUGAGUUUGUCCGCAUAUCGGGACAGACCUCAGACAGACCUCAGACAGACCUCAGGAGUUUUAGGUGGUUUUUGGCUCACAGCGGGCUAGUGGUCUCUCACCGGCGGCAAGAUGACGUGCCGUGAUCGGACUCUCGAGUUCCAGUCAGCCUGUAAAUCUCUCCAGGGUAGACAGAAUGGAGUCCAGCCCAGUAAACCAGCCCUCAGCGCCCUUAGGCAGCGCAGUGACUUUACUGUUAUGGCCAAGAGAAUUGGGAAAGACUUGAGCAACACAUUUGCUAAACUGGAAAAACUCACAAUUUUGGCAAAAAGAAAAUCUCUGUUUGAUGACAAGGCAAUUGAGAUUGAGGAGCUAACCUACAUCAUAAAACAAGACAUCAACAGUCUUAAUAAACAGAUAGCACAACUGCAGGAUUUGGUGAGGUCUCGUGGAGCUCCGGGUGGCCGACACAUCCAAACCCAUUCAAACACUAUUGUUGUGUCAUUACAGUCCAAACUGGCUUCAAUGUCAAAUGACUUCAAAUCAGUCCUAGAGGUCAGAACAGAGAACCUGAAGCAGCAGCGCAGCAGACGAGAGCAGUUUUCCCAGCCUCCUGCAUCAUCUUCUCCUCUGAUGGCCAACAAUUUCAGAAGCCGCAAAAAAGGGGCCCAGGAGCCGCAUGCAGCUCGCGAGCCGCGCAUUGACUACCAGGGCUAUACAACCGCAAAUUUAAAAGAGAGCUCGGUCCUGAUGCAGGAUGAGUCCCGGAGCCUAGGUGACGUGGCCAUCGACAUGGACUCUCAGAGCAACCCUUUGCAACUCCAGCUCAUUGAAGAACAGGACUCUUACAUCCAGAGCCGUGCAGACACCAUGCAGAACAUUGAGAGCACCAUUGUGGAACUGGGCUCUAUAUUCCAGCAGUUGGCGCACAUGGUCAAGGAGCAAGAGGAAACCAUACAGAGGAUUGAUGCCAACGUGGAGGACACUCAGCUGAACGUGGAGGCUGCUCACACGGAGAUCCUCAAAUAUUUCCAAUCCGUCUCGUCCAACCGCUGGCUCAUGAUCAAGAUCUUUCUUGUUCUCGUUGUCUUCUUUAUCAUCUUUGUCGUCUUCUUCGCUUAAGGAAAAGUGGAGCGGCUGACAGGAGGGGGAUAGCACAACCAAUGAAGUGAGCUUAGAGCUGGACCAGAACAGAUGUCCACAAAAAAUAUUUGGAGGACAGAUAACGGUUUAAUGGAGGCUUGGGAUCCAUUGAAACAAAGACAGUUGUCGGUUAUUCCCAGGCCACAGACUUUUGAUUCGUUGGAGUUUGAACUCUGUCCAGAUAAAACAAAUAAAUGGUCCUAGAUGCCCACUUUGUGUAAAAAGGAUGCAGAAAAUCACUCUGCUUUGUACUUUGACCAACUAUUCCUAAACAUUUAAUCAAAAUGGCUAUAAUUUAAUGGUUUGAUUCUGCAAACUGUUUUUUUAACACCCCAAUUAAUUCAUGUCAUCCUUUUUUUUUUUUUUUAUUUUGUUUUUUUUAUUAUUACUUCAAAGCCGAGCAGUAGAAAUGGAGCCUAUUCUCAGAUUUUUUUGCUUCUUAGUUUAUCUUCUUUUUAUUGGAAGAACAUGUCUGUCUGUUUUACUGGUAAUUCCUAAACCAACACCAUUAAGUUAUGAUGUGAAAUAUUUCCUGUUAAGUUACAUUUUGCUUUGCUUUCAAAGUUUUUUUUGCCAAAUGGGUAGUCUCAUUGAACUGUGACAUAAGGACAUUCUUGAAAGCAGUUACAGCCAGCUAAAAUGAAGUUUGUGAUGCAGUGGAGGCGUGAGCCAUACAAAGUGUAAAGUUAUGUAAUUUUAAAUUAAAUUGUCUGGUUGGCCACUAUCAGACAGGUUUAGUGGUGAAAAAAGUAUAAUCUUCACUUAUGCUGUGCAGCUGAAAGAAUCAGUGCUUAUGAAGGGGUAACUGGUUGUAAAGACCUGCUAAUGAAGUGACUGAAUCAGCCAGAUUCCCUGGAAGUGUCUGGUUGGAUGUCAGUUGUAGUUGCUCCCCUCUAGCUAAUGUACAGAAUAUUAUUUAAAUGACCACAGCUUUUUAAAAAGAAAACAUUGUUCCUAUUCUCCCCUGUUUUUUAGCCAAAUGCCUUGACUUCAGUGUAUAAAGUGCAAAUAGUGUUGAUGAUGUAUUGAUAACGGAGUGCACAUUAAUAAAACAGUAAUGGGAUACAGGUUGUCAUGUCUGAGAUUUUCUUGGGAUAAGAGGAUUAGUCAGUAGGGAUAUAAUUAGCCAUGCUGUGUUAUAGCAGCCCUAUGUUGCAGUUUAUAUUCUGCAUAUUUAAACCACAAUUCUGGUGCUCAACAGAUGUGCAUGUUUGCACAUAAAGAUGGCAACGUUCACUGUUUAAAUUCAUCUUUGAGCUGGGAUAAUUUUGUUUUGGCUUUUAUUUCUGUAAUAAACAGGGUAAAAAUGAUAAAUGCAGUACAAAUAAUAUUUGUCUAAAUGUCAUUUAGGAAGUUUCAUCUAGUCAGAUGAUUUUUAACAAGCUUUAAGCACACUUAUGGUUGGAUAUUUGACCAUUUCUGGGAAAAAUUAAUAGAGUUCAUUGAGGUUUCUGGCACAAACUUGGUACUUUUGGUAGGAUUGAGGUCAAAACAUUGGGAAAUCUAUUCCAUAAUCUUAAUAAUUUCCUCUUUUAACAGUCCAAAACCAUUUGAUAUAUGAUCAUGAUAAGUGUUCUGAAACAUCAAACUAUCGAGUUAAUAGUAUGACGUUAUUUUGAAGAAUUCGCAGGCAGUCCAUUUUUCCAUCCACUUUACACAAGCAGUUAAACCCGGUGUGCUAACAACACCCUGAUUAACAACUGGCACAGUGUUCUUAAGGCUUAAUAACUAAUCUAUUUUCCUCUUGUAAAAUCCUAUCUCCUCCAGAGGACUUCCUCUCUGCCCAUUUGUCCAGCUGCAAACUUCAGUCAAGCUCCUUUUGUGGGCAGUGACCUCCCGGGUGGUGUUUACGACUUCCCGGCUGUAGACCAUGUCAAUUAUGUGCCAGCAGUGUUUCGUAUCUGCGCUUCAGUGGUUUCUGGUUUUACUCUUGACCCUUUUUUCCUUUAACUCAAAAGGGAGCUUUAUAAUCACGUUAUAACUAUUGGCAGAGUGCCUGCACCUCCUUUUGUCUUUUAAGAGUAUACAUAAGUUUUAAAUAAUGAUGAUAAAAAUGUGUGUGUAUAUCUUGAUUGUUAUUAACAGAAAUAAAUACUUUAAAAUUUGCA